UACUUCAACAUCAUUGGCUUUGGUUCUUCAUGCAAAUCACUCUUUCCAGAAACAGUGCCCUACGACGAACAGCACUUGGAAACGGCCGUUCAGCAUUCUCAAGAAAUGAAGGCUGAUCUGGGGGGCACUGAACUAUUGAACCCGUUGAAGCACAUAUUUGAGAUGAAGCCACGGGCAGGGUAUGCCAGGCAAGUCUUUGUGUUGACAGACGGCUCCGUGAGCAACACUGAUGCCUGCAUACAAGAGAUGAAGAGGAAUGUUGAGAAUGCAAGGUGUUUCACUUUCGGGAUUGGAUCUGGAGCAUCCUCUGCCCUGGUCAAUGGUCUGGCCGUAGCUGGAAAUGGAGCAGCAGAGUUUGUGAAGGAGGGAGAACGCAUGCAGCCAAAGGUUAUUCGAAGUCUGAAGCGGGCUCUGCAACCUGCUGUAACUGAUGUCUCAUGUUUUUCGAGGUCUCUGAAGAGCUUGAAGUAGUGCAAGCUCCAUUAAAUCUCCCGCCAGUUUUCAACGGAGAAAAAUUGGUCGUAUACGCUACACUCAGGUCAAAGAGUGCAUCCAAAGAGACGGUAGACUGCACUGCCGUUUUGAAUGGGAAUAUGCUGGGAGCAAAGCUGGAGCACAAGGUUCCGUUUACUCUUCGGAGCUCCGCUGUAGCACCAAGUCUCCCUGUCAUCCACCACCUUGCCGCGAAAGCACUCAUCACAG